AAUUCCAACAUUUAAACAACCAACAACGAGACAAGAUUUGCUGAUGUAGCGAUUCUCUGAUAGCAUUAAAGCGGGCGAGAUAACCACUGUUGUAUAAAUACGCGCGUGUGCUAGAGCUGUGGCAUUCAGUCGCAUCCCGUAGCAGCAGCAACAAGGUCGACAAACAUGAUGUACACACUGGUAACUAUAGCAGCUUUGCUCGCAACAUUGUACUAUUACUUCACCAGGACAUUUGAUUACUGGAAGAAAAGAAACGUCGUCGGACCCAAACCGCUACCGUUCUUCGGAAACCUCAAGGACUCCUUCCUACGAAAAACAUCAUUGAUAGUUCUCAACAAAAACAUCUACAAUGCCUAUCCUGAAGAAAAAGUCGUCGGAAUAUACAGAAUGACAACACCGACUUUACUGAUACGAGACUUGGACAUCAUUAAGCACGUCCUAGUUAAAGACUUCGAACAAUUCAUCGAUAGGGGAGUGGAAUUCAGCGACAAGGGUAUGGGAGCUAACUUGUUCCACGCCGACGGCGAGAGGUGGCGUAUUCUGAGAGGACAUUUCACUCCAGUGUUCACGUCAGGGAAGCUCAAGAACAUGUUAUAUCUGAUAACAGAGCGAGCGGACAAAUUCAUCCAGUACAUCGACGAAAUUACCCAGCAGCAACCGGAGCAGUCUAUGCAUCAGCUCUUCCAGAAGUACACAAUGUCGGUGAUCAGCGCCUGCGCCUUCGGGGUGGAUCUCGACGACAACAUAAGAAAUACAUUGGAAAAAAUAGAUAAAAUGAUAUUUUCUGCAAACUACAGCACAGAAUUGGAUAUGAUGUAUCCCGGUAUACUGAAGAAGUUUAACGGCUCCAUCAUGCCCAGCUACGUGACUAUGUUCUUCAAAAAACUCGUGGAACAAGUGAUAAAGCAGAGAGGUGGACGACCGACGGAUAGAAAAGAUUUUAUGGAUCUCAUUCUUGAAUUGAGACAGCAGAAGACAAUCGAAGGUCGGAAAAGAUUCGAAAAUGAAAAACAACCGACACUGGAACUGACUGACAGUAUAAUUGCUGCUCAGGCGUUCGCUUUCUACGCGGCCGGAUACGAGUCGAGCGCGUCUACUAUGGCCUUCCUAUUGUACGAGAUGGCAAAGAACCCGGACGUACAGGAUAAGCUCAUGAAAGAGAUCGAUAAUGUCCUCAAGCAAAACAACGGCGAGGUGAGCUACGAGUGCCUAAACGAGAUGACAUAUUUGCAUCAGGUGUUCGACGAGACAUUAAGGAUGUAUCCAUUGGCGGACCUCAUACAGCGCGUUACUCGCACGGAUUACAAGGUGCCGGGCACCGACAUUACGCUGGAGAAAGGCACUCCGGUGAUCAUGAGUGGAUGGGGUAUACAUAUGGACCCAAAAUACUUCCCCGACCCGGAAAGAUUUGACCCGGACCGUUUUAGCAUGGAAAAUGCGAAGAAACAACAUCCCUGCGCUUAUUUACCGUUCGGAGCCGGACCGAGGAACUGCAUUGGAAUGCGGUUCGCUAAAACACAAUCACAAGUUGCUAUGGUCAAAUUCUUUUCCAAAUUCCGUGUGGAGCCUUCGAAGAAAACUGCUGUGAAUAUCACAUACGACCCGAUGCGUGUAUUCCUAUUACCCGAAGAAGGAAUAUAUGUUAAUAUUGUGCGACGAUAACAAACAACUGAAAUUGGCCACUUUACAUUUCAUACGUUUUUUCAAGAAAAAAACAAUAUUUCAAAUUAUUUACCAUUGUAUCAUGUCUCAAUGUAUCUUGUGGUCAUUGUCUUCAUAUUGGGGAAAAAAAUAAAAUAAAAAUCGGGUAUCUGGGUGUGACUUUAAAAUAAAAAUUGUUUUUUUUUAACGAGAUUCACAGUACAAGCUCCGCCCCUAAGAUACGUGCUAAGAAAGUACGACUAUAUCUUACCUCUCGCUCUAACCUGCUCAGCAACACGUUCUGAUACGUGAUUGGUCAAAACGCUAUUAGUUCUAUCCGUAAUAAAAUCGAUGUUAAUUACUUAUUACCAUUACCAAAACACUUAUACAAAAACUUAUCAUUCUCUU